UGGCGGACGACAGGAGCGGUGAUUUUUAGUUUUGUAAAUUAUUUGUAAUUUCUUUCCAAAAAUGUAAGCAAAGCAUUUGUAUCUGAGCUAAAUGUUAGCGAUGAACUUUAACGAAAACAACGGAAAGCUCUUGAACGUUUGGCAGACAUUUCAAUUCAAAUUUGACGACACUGAAAAGUCGGUUUUGGAACGAGCAGAUGCCGGCCGUAGUUUGAUGUUUCAAGUGGAGAAGCUCUUUGACAGGUAACUUUACAAAGCCCUGUAGCUUUGAGAUUUAUAGUUUAACUUUUGCGUUAUUAUUCAACGAUAUUUAUUAAAUAUAUUAAUAAUAUUACUAUAUUGUAUAAGUGGUAAUUUAAACCAGCAGCAAUACGUGGCUAUGGUGAAUUAUUACGAAAAUCUGUACUCUGACAUUGUUGAUGAACAAGAUGAAGCAAAAGGUAAGGUUUUAAUUACCUAAGGAUUUAAUUAUUAUUUUUGAUGUUAUGGUAACUCUUCAUUGACAUGUUGUUUUAAUUAAUUGGUUUAAUAUAGGUCUCAAUAACUUUGCUGAACAGUCAAUUGCUUUGACAACUGGAUUCAGAAAUGGUAGGUUUCUUCUUGGUCCUGGAUUGUUUUGAGAAAGACACAACUUUUUCUAGAAAUUGAAGAUUCAUACCAGACAAAAUGCAACAGUGCAGUUCCCUGAGCAUGCGCAAAACAAGUGCACCACGUAACCAAUUGUAUUAAAACCCAUACAGUAUAGCUCUUUUUUUUCAAAUGGUUUUUAGACAGCAAAAAUUGGAAAUCAAGUCUCACAUUUGAGUCACUAGAUGACUUCAAUAUCUCAAACGUACCCGCAAAAGAUUACAAAAUUUCUGAAAAAAUGGUAAGUUGAAACCAGAGUUUCUUCUGUCAUAAUUUCUAAAGUGAAAUCAUUAUAAAUGUUUAGUAUCUCUAAACUUGGCCUCAGGCGUUCAGUGUCGACUGCGGUUUUCGUAUAUCUAUAUCAGAAACCUAGACACUAUAUUGUACCUGUCAACGUGAAUUUUUUAAAGAUUAAAAUGCAUUACGUUUCCGUUACGUCGCUUUGUCCGCGUUGGACUAGGAACAAGUUUGAACAUGCGUGUCUUGUGUCACAGGCACUUUUCAGUCCACUUUAAUGCUCGUGGCGUGCACGCGAGGGCUGAAGUGGCGUGAAAACUGUCAAGCUAAAUAGAUACAGCGCAUGUUCAAAAAUGUUAUCUCAUUCCGCGCGGGCAAUGCGACCGUAAUGGAUCUUGAGAACAUUCGGACGUUUCCGAACGAAGCCCUUCAUCAGGAAAGUACAGAUACAUGGAAGCACGCUGCUUUUACAGCAAUUUUACAGUUUCUAGUGCGGAGUACGAACAUACAGAGGUGAACAAAAUAACGGUUUUAUACUUUGUGUUUUUUUAACAAACCUCCACAGACACACAAAACAGUGACGCAAGCCAAUUCUACACCAUAUUCUGUACCUACAGUCGCACCAGAUAUAAAUAAUGCAAGACCAGAGAAAACAAGAGAAAAAUAUUCCAUCAACCAUCAACCCUUCACUUCCUCAAGAAAACAAGCGCCUGGGUUUAAACCAUUGUUUGGUAACCCAAAUAAGACGGACGAUAUCAUGUUUGGUUCAUUUGGCAAAAGCGAUGGUUUAAAAAGCACAAGCUCUGUUGAAUCAAAUUGCAAGCAAAGGGUUAGUUUUAGUCUAUGUUAGUCUUCAUUCGCGUGUGUCUAUACAUUGACCUCUCUCCUGGGCUUUCACUUCGCUUCAACUCUUUUCUCCUCUGUCCACAUCCUUCACUACUCUCCUUUUCCCAAGUGAUAACUGACCACCCCUCCUUCGCCUCCCACCCAUUCCUCACAAUUUUGGCCACUCUUUCUAGAGACAUUCUAAGAUGUGGUCGAAUCGAGUAAGACUUGUUUGUCAAAAAUCCUUGGUCUGCUCGUUUCCUCAACUCUUCAUUUACAGUAUGUGUUCAACGUAAGAAAUUUGAAAUUUGUUCUUAUUAGCAACAUUUUUCUUAGCAACAGGUUAACAGAUCAAAAGAUAAAGUUCCAGCAAAUCAGGUAGGUACUGUUUAAGAUUCACCACCUUGUAUGGUAUUUGUACCAACCACACCAAUAUACUGUUACACUCCACCAUACAUUUAGAUUGAAAACGAAGAUACCAGGGAUGCAUAUGAUUCUGGAUUUGUGACGGCGAAACAACAAUAUGUAAGUAUUCAUUCAAGAACGAAAUUAAGAAAUUAUGCUAGGUUGUAGAAUCCCAGAAUCAAACUUGUUGUGUAAUGGCCUGACCACAGUUAAAAGAGAGCGAGAUGGACUCAGUGACUAUGGCCUGGUCUAAUCGAUGAUUGAUUCAAAAAACAAAAUUUUAGAUUAUGAAUGAACGAAAAAAGAAAGGUCGGAGCGCAGACAGUGGUCCAAGCGUGGGAAACUAUGGCGCUACCAAGAAGUCAUUGGGCUACAGGUUUGAUAAAGUUUCAUGUUCUUUUAAACGUUGUAAAAAUUGGAUCUGACCAUAUCGUUUAAAUAUCGUUGUUAUAGAAGAGGACCAUCGAGCAGGUUUAUCCCGCCUGUGAGAAACUAUGAUGAUGACGAAGGUGGUGAAAGGUAUUAGAGACCUUAUUAAAGUAUCAUUGGCAUCGCACUCUUCUCUAUAGGCUGUUGACAAGGGAUCUCCCGAGAACACGGCCUGUGUUUUCCUUCCAACAGAUCUCUUCUUCGGGUUAGUGCCUUGUCGUAGCGGCAGAUACCGUGCGAGCUAUGCUGGCGCGGCGCCAAGCUGCUGAUGUAGGGCCACCUAAACCAGACAAAUUAAAGAAUGGAGGCCUGACAAAGUGUAGCGCAAGAAAACGUUGUUCAAAUGGGGAACCAGGAGCGGUGACACAUUACAAAAUCACAACCGCUGUCACCAGUAACAACUCUGGUUUUCUUUUAUUACAUUAAUAUAGUUACCAAUCAAGAAGAGACAACAAAAGGCCGGUCAUGUCAAGACCCAAACACAACUCAUCUGCCGAAGAUGAUAUCACUGAUGAAAGAUUAAAAGGAAUUGACCCUAAAAUGGUUGAACUGAUAAAUAACGAAGUAUGGCAACUUUUUUACUAUAAAAAUAGCUGCACAGCGAGAUCUCGCUUACCGAACUGUCUCGCUAAGCGGGCCAGCCCGGCUUCCAUAUAAACAGCCCCUUAGUACUUCAACCACGAUGAAGUGUUUUGGUAAGCCGUUGUAACAACUAACUUUUGACGUACAUAUAGAUAAUGGAUCAUGGGCCGCCCGUGAACUGGGACGAUAUUGCUGGACUGGAGUUCGCGAAAACUGUUAUCAAAGAGAUUGUUGUUUGGCCCAUGUUGAGACCGUACGUAUUCAAUUAGCCUAAGAAGGUUGAAGUAACGUGAUUUGAAGACAAAUAUUAGCUGCAUAAGAGUAACAAGGCUUAUUAUUAACUGCAUGUACCCGUGCUUCUCCUUGUGGAAGAAGAGUUAAUGUGAUUUCAAUUAAUUUCUAAUCCGAAGUUAAGGAAAUAUAUCUGAGAAUUGUACAUUAUGGGGGCGACAUAGUGAGUUCAAGAAAUGUGGACACUUUAAAGACAACCAGAUACAGGUCUAUACCUAUAAUGGGAGAAUAUUUUUCUCACUCUGGUAAUCGCCAGGUGAUCACCAUCUGAUAGUGCUCAGGCAAACAUGACUCGAUGGUGUUGUCUUUUUUAUUUCGUAUUUCUUUCUAGAAAUUAUCCACCUAAGGGAUCAUCAUUUUCGAACUCCCAUAGUGCUUACUGAAAGCUAAUCGUCUUAUUCUUUCAAUAUCUUCUAUCUAGGGAUAUAUUUAAAGGUCUACGUGGUCCACCCAAGGGAUUGCUUUUGUUUGGUCCUCCUGGUACUGGGAAAACACUCAUAGGUAAGAUUGAACUGAAUCCAGGAAAUCCCAUAAAUCAGAAAUGGCUUCAAAAUUAUCUUUUUAUUUUAGGUAAAUGUAUAGCCAGCCAAUCAAAAGCGACAUUCUUCAGUAUCAGUGCAUCCUCUCUGACUUCAAAAUGGGCAAGUAUCUUUAUCUACGGAAGAAACGCGCAAGGCCCGAACCAGUGGCCCGAACGCGUUCCCAGGCUCCCACCUCUUGUGGAGGAAAGACUCUGGCAGGAGCUGGUCACGUGAUCUGGUAAAAUCUAGCAGAUUUCUAAUUAACUAUCUUGGAUUCCUUUAAAAUCAAAUCAGACUUGCAAAACAAAAUGCAAGUUAUAAAUUAAAGUAUAAAUAUCAAAUAUUUAUCAUCAUCAUCAAUGAAAAAUCAGCUAGAUUUUAACAGAUCACGUGACCAGCUCCUACAGGGUCUUUCCUCCGCAAGGAACGAGGUGAUUGAACCUUCAUGAUAUGAUAGCAUCUAUUCAUAGUUAAAGGUAUCACACUCCAUCAAUUUCUCAUAUCAUACAUAGGUAGGUGAAGGUGAGAAGAUGGUUCGAGCACUGUUUGCAGUCGCCAGAUGUCAUCAACCUGCUGUCAUAUUUAUUGAUGAAAUUGACUCUCUCUUGUCCCAGAGAUCUGACGGUGAACACGAGUCAUCUCGGAGGAUUAAAACCGAAUUUCUUAUACAACUUGUAAGUAGAUUUGUUAGACAACUAUGGCCGUUUUUCCACUGAAUUUUUCCUGAGUAUAUUUUCUUUCUUAUAACUUUUGGUCAGUAGUAUGUAAACGGCCAUGGAAACCUGCAAGGCACUUGUCAAGGAUGUGCAUUUUUAUACCUUUCUUUUUUCAUUCUAGGAUGGUGCAACGUCCGGAUCUGAAGAUAGAUUGCUAGUAGUCGGAGCAACAAACAGGUCGGUAUAUUCUUAAAACUCUCGUCAAGUUUUAGCUGGUUCAAUAUCCAGUCAACUCUUUUGACUGGGACAAGAGUUGAAGUAUUUCUCUGUAUCGUUUGAUCAGGGCUUCACAGGCUAAAGAAAGCGCAAUUCCUCACGGAUUAGCUUAACAUAAGGAGUGACUGACUGAGACUGAUUAAAAUGAUUCAAACACCAGCUACAGUACGUAACAAAGUAAAUACAAAGAUUUAUUGCAAAAACUUCAAACUUAUUCAUUUUCUGACAGACCGCAAGAAAUUGAUGAAGCUGCAAGACGCCGCAUGGUCAAACGACUCUAUAUUCCCCUACCUGAAGGAGAAGCACGAAAACAGAUUAUUCGUAACUUAUUGAAGGAUCAACAUUACUCCUUAUCUGAAGAAGACUUUGAACAACUGAUGCAGAGAUCAGAAGGUCUUAAAACAAUCAACUUCUUUUGAACUGAAUGAAAAACAAUUUUUUAAACAAAUUCCUUUGUUGCAGGAUAUUCUGGUUCGGAUAUGAGUAAUUUAUGUCGCGAAGCUGCCUUGGGACCAAUCCGGUCAAUUUCUGGCAAUAUUCAAGCGAUUACGCCAGACCAGGUACUGUAAGAUUGCUUUAUUACAACUUUAUUACAUUACAUUCAUUCGGCAGUCUAACAUCUAGUUCGUUUCUAGGUUAGACCGAUCGUGUUCACAGAUUUUGAAAAAGCAUUUCGACAAGUCCGUGCAAGUGUGUCCACGCAAGAUUUGGACCUCUACGUUUCAUGGAACAAGAAAUUUGGAAGUGGACAUUAAAAUAUUGCACAAUGAAGAGAUCAAGAUAUAAAGACAUUUACUUAGUCUGAUAAAGAUUGUAAAAAUGUCGAGCUAUGACUUUCUGAUAAGUUUUGUUUUUGCAUAAGUUUGGGUAAACACUAAUUUUUGUACCUAAACCCAGAAACUUUACAGCAAAAGAAAGAAGCAUGUAAAUAUGUUCAAUGAAUAAAAUAUUUUAAAUUAACUUUGUUCGUUAGUUUUUUAUUGGUUUUAAAGACUGCUAUAAUUUAAAAUCUAUGAUAUUUACUACUAUAAUACUCAGAUGUACAUGUGCAAACAUACAAGCAUUGUACAUACUACUAUUGGAUUUAUUUCAAAAUACCAAGCGAAUAAACCAUAAAACCAACAAAAAAUUAGGUGACCACACGCUUAAAGCAUCAAACAACAAGGCACUUAAAGAGCUUUUCAUUGCUUUGGCUUUGCAGUAAAGCCUGGUUUCUCUCUCAGCAGUCAUGACUAAAUCAUUUUGAUUGAGUGUUUAGCAGCUUGUCUUAAUUGGGGGCACGGUAGCUACGUAGCUUUUUUGCUUCGUAGUUUGUUCUUUAGUAAUCGCCAAUUGAAGGCUUAAUUAAUCUAGAAAUACAAUGACACUGUAUAGCAUCAGCUAUCUUAACACGCCACCACAACAAAACUAAAACCAUGAUUAAUUAAGGGAUACUAACAUCACUUAGCAAACAAAUAACUUUUGUCCGACCAACAUCACAGAAAAACUGUUAACAAUGACUGAAAUUAAUAAAAACAUGCUAAUACCCAUCCGAGAUAAUUCUAAUAAAAUAAUCAGUUUUAAUUCUGCUACUAUACAAGUUUCUUGGCUUCAAAGAAACCUUUCAGAUGCCUCAUUUGCCAGAAUCCAGUUAAUAAUAAGAUCAGAGUUUGACCCAGUGACCACCAAAGAACACGUUGGUUUGUGCUCUCACUUGUAGCUCGGAAUCUUUCUUCACGAUACUGAAGUGAAAUGAAGAAUAAUCAACCCAACACUAUAUUUGUUUCAUACUUUAAUAUGAUUGAAGAGGUUUUUAAUUAAAGCGUCACUUACUCUUUGAUAAGCUUGUUCUUUACCAAUCUGCUCAACUUGAUCCAACAACUGUCUGAUUCUCAAUUGAAGUUCAGUCAACUUAUCCUUGGCAGCAAUUUCUGUAUAAUCAUUUGUAUGCUCACCAACCUGGAUGUCUAAGUGUACCCGCUGGAAUACAAAUGUAACAUCAUCAGACUUGUGUGUACAGAAUUUGGCUGGUUGUAUGCAUUUUUUAUCUAUUUUAUAAAAGACAUCUCUCCUUACUAUUACCACAUUCAAAUUCAUGGAACUAUACUAUUAGCAUUUGAUAAAUUAGACAUGAUUUCUUAUUCUAUUAUCUAUCAAAAACCAAAGUUUUAUCCACUCACCAACUUGCCCCCAGCAAACAAUGACCAUCUUGUCGAGUUUGAAUGAAGACAAAUGCUAUGUUCUCCUGGUGCGUGUGAUGUGAAAGUGAACCUUCCCUCGGCAGAGAAAUAUCUAGACAUGAUGACUUUGUCGUUGGGAUCUCUCACUUCAACAUGCAUUCCAAUGCCAGGACUGGACGGCAGGAAGUCGUUAAUGUUUUCAUCAUAGAGUUGGGUUUUAUAUUUUCCUAAAACAG